AUGGAAGGUGAGUAUCUGUGGCUCUACGAGGUUUCCGUAACUGAUUACAAUCCAGGUCUUUUGUUCAACGUCAACGGGGGUUACUUGGAGGGUAUAGUUCGUGGCUAUCGCAAUGCGCUGUUGACAAGCACAAACUAUGGCAAUCUCACACAGUGCGAAACGAUCGAAGACGUCAAGACGCAGCUCGGUCCAGCCUACGGCGAGGCGCUCUCAAACCUUCCUCCAAACCCCUCGACAUCGGCCCUGGCAAACAAAACCACAGAAAAACUAGUCUCUGACUUCAGAUACCUCCAAGGGCAGGCGACCGGAUCAUUGUCAAAAUUCAUGGAAUACCUCACAUACUCAUACAUGAUCGACAACGUGGCCCUUCUCAUUACUGGGACGCUACACGAAAGAGACACCAAAGAGUUACUGGAGAGAUGUCAUCCCUUGGGUUGGUUUGAGACAAUGCCAGUUCUUUGCGUGGCCACCAAUAUUGAAGAACUGUAUAACUCAGUCCUCAUCGAAACUCCACUAGCUCCGUACUUCAAGGGGAGUUUGAGCCAUCAGGAUCUGGAUGAGCUAAACAUUGAGAUUGUCCGAAACACCUUGUACAAGAACUAUCUGGAGGAUUUCUUCCAUUUCGUAAAUACGGAUCCCGAGAUGGCCAUGACUCCAACGGGAGAAAUCAUGUCAGAAAUCCUCGAAUUCGAAGCUGAUCGAAGAGCCAUCAACAUCACUAUCAACUCCUUCGGAACAGAGCUGACCAAGGAACAGAGGAAGAAGCUCUAUCCUGAGUUCGGGAAGUUAUAUCCAGAGGGGAUGCUCAUGCUCUCGAGAGCGGACGACCUAGAAGGUGUAGGCCUUGCGGUCAGCGGCGUGGGUGAUUACAAGCGGUUUUUCGAUGAAGUCGGCUUCAACCAAAGCAGCGGCGCGGGUGCUGGCAACAUGGCUGGAGGUGCAGGUGGUGAAUCCAAGUCUUUGGAGGACAUGUUCUACCAAAAGGAGAUGGAGCUCUCCAAGAUGGUUUUCACUCGACAAUUCACUCACGCGGUUAUAUAUGCGUGGGUCAAGCUACGAGAGCAGGAAAUCCGAAACAUCACCUGGAUUGCCGAGUGCAUUGCUCAAAAUCAAAAGGACAGGAUAGGGAACUAUAUCAGUGUGUUCUAA